AAAACCAAUAAACAAGAAAAACAAAAGAAUUUAAAAUUAAAAUAUUUUUGGAGCGCUGCUUCGUCGAAGCUUCCUUUGGCCGGCCCCUUAACGCCAUCUCCGUCACCGUCACCGUCACCGUCACCCCCCUUCUCUCUCUCUCUCUCUCUCUCUCUCUCUACCGUAUCUCUUGGUUCUUAAGUCGUAACGCAGACGAAGAACAAUUCUUGAAGCCGACUCUCUCUCACCGGAGCUGAAGCCGGUCCUUCUACUUUAUCUCCUACCGAUCUCACCAUUUUCAUUCUCUCGCUCUCUAUACAUAUAUAUAUGUUUGCCGACUGUUGCUUGAGGCUCAAACGGUGGAUCGUUUUGAAACCAGAACCGUUUAGAUCGAGAGAGUAAUUCCAGUGUGUGCAGAUGGGAGAUGAAGAGGAGAUACACCUCGAAUCUGAUGGGGCAAUCCCUUUGAGGUCAUCACAAGCUAUGAGUAAAACAUACGCUUUUAGUCGUGAGUGUGGGCAGAUGGGAGAUAUAGAGGAGACAUACCUCAAAUCUGAUGAGGCGAUCCCUUUGAGCUCAUCACAAGCUACAAGUAAAGCAUACACUUUUGGUUGUGAAGUAUCUUAUAUUGAGCCACAUGCAAAGCUUUCCAAUUCAUGGUUUCAUGAGCAUACAUGGAUGGGACCUCUCAUGAGUAUUUCCAGGACGGCACCUCUUAUGAGUAUUUACAAAGUCUUAAUUAAUACAAAGAUCAACAUUUUGCUUCCUUUUGGGCCCCUGGCAAUAUUGCUGCACUAUCUUACUGGAAAACAUGGAUGGGUCUUCAUAUUCAGCUUAUUGGGUAUUGCACCUUUAGCCGAGCGUCUGGGUUAUGCAACUGAGCAGCUAGCAUUCUACACAGGACCUACAGUUGGGGGCCUUCUAAAUGCUACAUUCGGCAAUGCUACUGAAAUGAUAAUUUCAAUGUAUGCAUUGAAGAAUGGGAUGAUUAGGGUAGUUCAGCAAUCAUUACUGGGCUCCAUCUUAUCAAAUAUGCUGUUAGUGCUCGGAUGUGCCUUCUUCUGUGGGGGGAUAAAAAAUCACCAGAAAGUGCAGCGUUUCAAUCAGGCAGCUGCAGUGGUGAGCUCAGGAUUGUUGUUGAUGGCUGUUAUGGGCAUAUUGUUUCCAGCAGUACUUCACGUCACACACACAGAGGUGCAUUUUGGGACGUCAGAGUUAUCCCUUUCUAGAUUUAGCAGCUGUAUAAUGCUGGUGGCAUAUGCAAGCUACCUUUUCUUUCAGCUUAGGAGUCAACACAAGUUCUAUGGUCCAGUGGAUGAGGCUUCUGUUGAUGAGUCUUCAAAUAUGUUGCAGGAAAGCAAUAGUAGUACAGAAGAUUCUCCUGAAGAAGAGGUUCCUGCUAUUAGUAAGUGGGAAGCAAUUGGGUGGCUUGCUAUUUUGACUUUGUGGGUGUCUGUACUAUCUGGAUACCUUGUUGAUGCUAUACAGGGAGCAUCGGACUCAUGGAACAUGUCUGUGGCUUUUAUUAGUGUCAUCCUGCUUCCAAUUGUAGGAAAUGCUGCAGAACAUGCAAGUGCUAUUAUGUUUGCCAUGAAGGACAAGCUUGACAUCACACUGGGAGUCGCAAUUGGAUCAUCUACACAGAUAUCUAUGUUUGUUAUUCCCUUCUGUGUAGUUGUUGGCUGGUUCAUGGGACAGCCAAUGGACUUGAAUUUUCAACUCUUUGAGACAGCUACGCUCUUUAUCACAGUGUUAGUGGUGGCAUUUAUGCUGCAGGAAGGGACAUCAAACUAUUUCAAAGGCUUGAUGCUUAUUCUAAGCUAUCUUAUUGUUGCCGCUAGUUUCUUUGUACAUGUCGACCCGCGAACCAAUGAUGACUAAAUAUCUUUGAUGGAGAUGACCGUGACCCAUUAAGCCAAAACAUUUUUGUUUCCCUGCAAUGAAUGCACACGGCAGACGGUACUUCCGAAGCGUUUUGAACAAACUAUUGGUGUUGUGUUCUGUAUCUUAGAACAUGUAAUGAUCAAUUCAUAUGUUCUCCCCAGCAUUGUAAGAAGGGGUGGAACUCUUUUUUGGUGCUUGGCUUGGGGGAAAGAAGGAAAUAAAUUUUUUUUUUACAAAGCAAGGUUAUCCAGAUCAUGUGUAAUUUGAUUAUUCUCAUUCAUUCUUUUGCAAUGGUUUCGUAUACAACAAAUAUCCAUGUUGUUUGCUUCUCCGACACCUUGUUUAUUUUCAGUCUUCAUUGUCCACUGGAGUGCUUGAGUGAGAAGUUUGAGCAUAGCAGGGUGGAGAUAGUUUUGAUGAUUUGAAACUUGAUGGAGAGUGGAAUGUAGCAUUUGAGUUCUUUCAAUGACAACAUUUUUUGUGUUUUUUUGCUUC